CUACUCCAUAUACUGUACAACCAUGGCCUAAACACUACAAAUCCCAACAUACACUUCGAGGUCCAGGCAAGUCACGUGACUCUUGCCGUAUGUAAAUAUCACCGGGACGCGGUUGUUUACAAACACCCCGUGUCUCGUGUCGCAGCGCUAGCGUUGACUAAAAACAGACACAAGAUGGACAUUGAUAAUGAACGGCCAUAUUUCUUUGGAGACAUCGGCUGCUGGUCAGAGAGGACAGAGGUGCACAAGGCAGCGUCCCUCGGCCAGGCCUCCGAGCUGCAGCACCUCAUUCAGAGCGGAGCUUCGGUCAAUAUGGUGGCGGUGGAUUCCAUCACACCUCUUCAUGAGGCCUGCCUCCGUGGACAGGCCCAGUGUGUUCGGCUGCUGCUGGACGCCGGAGCUCAGGUGGAUGCGAGGAACGUAGACGGGAGCACCCCGCUGUGUGAUGCUUGUUCGUCUGGUAGUUUGGAGUGUGUGAGCCUCUUGCUGGAGCACGGCGCCAAGGCCAACCCUGCCCUUACCUCACGCACGGCCUCGCCCCUCCAUGAGGCCUGCAUGGGAGGAAACGCAGACUGUGUGAAGCUCCUAAUUGCCAUGGAUGCUUGUCUGGAGGCGUACGACCUUUACUACGGGACCCCGCUGCAUGUGGCCUGUGCUAACGAGCACACGAGCUGUGUGAAAGUGCUGCUCAAUGCAGGUGCUAAAGUGAAUGCUGCCAGGCUCCAUGAGACUCCGCUUCACCACGCUGCUAAAAACAUGCGAGUUGAAAUGAUAGAGAUCCUGGUGGAGUUUGGUGCCAACAUCUACGCCAGAGACCAGCACAACAGGAAACCUGUUGAUUACACCACGCCGGGCUCUCCCUCUGCAGUCUGCUUACAGUUUUAUGAGACCACUCCCAUGAGUCUGCAGCAGCUCAGCAGGUUGGCGGUGAGGAAGAAGCUGGGCACCAGAGCUCUGAAGGUCAUGGAUCAGCUGCACAUACCGAAACUCCUCAUCAGCUACCUCUGCUAUCAGUGAGUGUCGCCUGGAGCAGGAGCUGGCUCGAACGCUCAGACAAAAGACUGAAGACUCACAGAGCUGCUGCACAAUCCUGACACAAGCACAGAAAAAGUGUCAGCACAUCAGAUACGAUGAUGAUAGUCGACACACAGUUUAGUCACAAGCACAAAGUUCUCACAUUUCAAAUCAGCACUGUCGCCUCAAGACCUGCAAGUACAGAUUACACAGUGGGGCUCCUCACUCCUCUGUUGGAGUUGCCCAAAUGAAAUUCAUCAUGUUUACACUCUAAUAAGGUGUCACGAUAACCAGAAUUUUAAACUUCAAUACAAUACUAAAUAUUGUAGAUCUGAUACUGAUUGUAGAUCUGUUUUUUGCCUUUGGUACUUUCAAUAAUAUUUAAUUUUAAAAUCAUUUUAAAAACAUGGUAUCAAAAAUGUAUCAAUACUUGAUAAGUGAACAGUUGGAUUUACCUUGGUUGAAGGAUUAUAAUACAAACUGCAGUUUUUUGAUCACCAGAGCUGGACCUGUCAGUCUGUGACCUGUCACCUGAUGGAUCAGACGUCAGGAUAUCUGUCUAAUAUUGCAGUGUGUCAUGAGGAUAUUCUGAGGGUGCCUAAACAGUAUACAUUUUUCUGUUCUGUUCUGGUACAUGUAGUUCUAACUCUAACUUCUAAACAUGGUGGAACAAAAGAAAGAUGAUGUUGUUGGUGAAGCCGGUACUUGGCGUGUCUUCUUCUGAUAAACUUUGUAAGUAAGCGAUCACUUUUAGGGGUUCCACAUGUGGUCUGUUAUGUUUCUUUGCCAAAGAAUGGCAAGAAUGUAUGAUGUAUGAUUAUUUAAUCUGGCACAGAGGCAGAACUAUCUGCGUGGACUGGUCCCAGCAAAGGAAAACAUUUUUUGGACUUCAAACAGCCUUUGAUAUUACCUGUAACACCCCGUCUACACCGGCUAGACCUGACCACCUUAAUCUGUUUAUUGAUGUGCGGUUUUAUAGUGUGUGGCUAGAUUGGCUAGAUUUGGAUAAUUAAGUUGCCAACAGGAAAUGAUAAUCCUAACACAGAGCUUCUUCUAGACAAAGCUUUGUUUUCCUUCACUGUAAACUCUUCCAGUCCCAGCCCGGUAAACACUGCUUUCUUUUCAGCUAGUGUUAGUCGUUGCCAAAGGAGGUCCCACUGUGUAAUCUUAACUCUGAACUGCAGCUAUAAAAGUCUUAAAUAGAGUUUGUUUGCCAUUUUAAUAAAUAGAAGUGUAACUUACACUACAAGACAGGAGUGCCCUUCUAAUUUUAGAGAUGUUUAAUUUUUAGAGGUAUUUCUUUGAGCGAGAGAACAAAUGUAGGAGCUCAGGGAGAGGAAGCAGACGAACAGCACGGCCUCACAGUCAUCUAAAGGUUGCCGGAUUUAAUCCUGCUUUUGCUGGAAAGUGCUCGCAAGUCAGGAGCACUGUAAACACUGAGUAGUAUUUAAAAAUUGCUCACUCAACAUUCCUCACAUAUCUAACAGUUCUUUAAAGUGACACCAAAAGGAGUAGCGAGCAGUGUCCUUGUCGCAGCGACACUCUCCAGAUGCCGCUUGGCUUCGUGUCAGGUUCUCGUGAUGCACGUCCACGCCUGGCGACAGCCUUUGUUUGAUACAGACACCAAAGCUUCCCUCUUUGUAGCUUUGUCUGUUGCUCCACUUAAUUUGCUUUUAGAGGAAAGGUCUCAGUAUUUUUAGAAGGAGGUGCAGGGAGUUGUUUAUAAAUUCCAUAAAGUGUUCUUUAUUGGCUCUCCUCUAAGCUUGACAUGACCUGUUUUGGAAGUUUCAUAACUCUUAUUCAUGUGCGGAGGUUGAAUCAGGUCAAAUGCCGACUUUAUGGUUUUGUUUUCGAAGCUGAACAUAAUUUAACACCAGAACACUGGAAGAUAAGCUCAAGACAUGUGGUAGCACAUUAGAAGAUGAAGAGUUUGCGUUUUUAGAGUCUGUGAUCUCUGUUUCUGUUUCUUCUCAGAUCAAACACAUAUAAAUCUGACAGUUAAGCUGCAUUCUUCUAUUCUCUUUUCUCACUGGUGGUCGACCUUUCAGCUGCUACUGUUGUCAUCUCUUUGCAGACAGGACAUUUUAAAGUAAUUCAGUAUAUCCAGCUCAUAUUGAAGCUGCAUUAGGCCUGAAUUUGAUGUCAAAAAUUCAGUCACAAUUGUCUGAGUCGGAGCUAACACAUAAAGGGCAGACUAUUUUGUGCAUUGCCACAGAAUGUCGACACAGACAUAAAUCCACUGGGCAGGUUCUCGAGGGUUCUUGUCCUUGUUGCUGCAGUAGCAGCUCCUGAUUGGUUGUGGCACCUCUUAAAGUAACAUUAUGUAAGAUUUGGUAUUUUUUUGCAAUACGGCGCCAACAUUUUCAGAGUGUAAUACCACGAGAUUGGUAAACGCCAACAUAUAAAUGUCAGUCCAAGAUUUACUCUUGUUUUCGGUCACUGUCGUCCUCUUGAUUUACUUCUUCUCUGCCGUGUUCUGCCUCUGUUGAGCCAGCGUACAUCGCCCCCUCGCCAUGCUCCAGUUUUUGCCAGCAUUUAGCCACACCCUGACCCUGAAAACCUCUUCCUCCUGUGCUCUGAGCUCACAGUCCGUACAGCACAGCUAACAAAUUGAGCUAACAGCAGCUACAAUGGCAGCAGUUUAUUUUACUGUCCGCACAGAGAUAAAACAGUAAAUCCUUCCUUCAACUCAACGUGAAGUUGGCAGCUUCUUCCUAAUCAUGACUCGAGUAUCAGGGAGCCCACAGUCUAUAGUCUGAGCAGCCUGGCUAACAAACAUUAGCUAACAGCAGCUACACUUGGCAGCAGUGUACUUUACUGUCCAUCAGGAAACUCUGUAAAUCACAGAGAGUUGACCAUUCACCUGAGAUAGUGAAUGACAUACAACAACCUCUUAAAACCCCUUCACCUCCUUUAGUAUAAAGUAUGAAACACUGUCCAGGUAGAGUUCACUGACAUCACCGUUCAGGAUUUUUGUGUAUUUGUGUUACAGUUUCCAAACCCUUUGUUAUGUGGAGCUGCCAGCAGUAACAGUUACCUCGCACAGCUUUGAAAAACGCGAGAGGCCGCCUGUCAGCUCUCAUGGAGCGCUGCACCUGUAUGUUUGCUGUUUUUUUACCCAUAUUUACGAAGCAUUCAAAAGCAAUUUAACAGCCUCUCAGAGCCUCGUCCAAAUCUCUCAAUUCACUCCCGUCAUCUCCCUAAACAUGCCCGGGCUGCAUGUUACUGAAUAUGGAGCUCGUCUGCUGCGCUCCAUAAAUAUGCCAAGCUGCUUUAACUCGUUUAAUCAAAAUACAAAUUCCUAGAAAUUGAAUUCAGUCACGGAAAGAUAUUUUGACUCGUUUCCAUGCUACAAAAAUGCAGCGUGCUUCAUCAUAAUCUCUGCCUGUAAAUAAUCUUGAAGCGCAGAUCUCUCCUUCUUCCCAUGUAGUGUUCCCUUAAAGUCUUAAAUAUCUGACCCUGAUGCAGAUGGGGUAUCUACUUGAUGGCUUAAAAUAACCACUGCAAAACAUGGCCGGUUUCAAAGUAGUUUGAGUCUGCAGACGGGACUGGAAAAAGCAGAGAUAGGAGGGCAGGCAUGCAGGGAAUGUUCAGUUAAGAUGAGAAAUGGUCCUUGUUCCAUAAUAGGAAUGCUGAAGCUCAGGAUGAACAAACGGUGGGUUUGUUUUGAAAAAGCACUGGUUCUCUUGGUUUAAGUGUUGUCUUAUUAAAGUCAAUAUAGUCAGGUUUGAUCUGCACUGAUUUUUCUGUUUAAGGUGCUACAAAAACCGAUGAAUCAUCUCACAAAAAUAACUAUAAUGAAUAUGCUGAUUUAUUGAAUAAAUUGUACCAUUGA